AUGGAUCAUCCGGCGUUCUACGUAUCAGACUGGUGGAUACUCAACUCCGUCUGCCAGCUGUCGGGUCAUCUCGAACUCUUUUACAUCACUUACAUCGACAAAUCAAACGCCUGGCACCGGUUGACGGUUACUUAUGAUGUUGGCGAAGCCCAACCACAUUCCCUGGAAGACGAUGUACAGCGACUUGAAGAUCCACAAGAAAAAAGCGAUCUGAUACGCCGUUCUAUCAUGGAUCGCCUGCAUCAGGUCCAGUUUUCUGACAACAUCACCCGGCUGCAUCUCAAAACCGAAGAAGGAAAACUCCACGUUGAUGUAGUGAACGACGCUGAGGGUGCGGUCCAACUGCCACAGGCAAAUUCUCUCUCACCUGACCUGAUGCAGCUUCCAGCAGUGCAUGAGAGCCAACUGGGAAUGGACUCUCAUAUUUCAGGCUUCGUCUACAGAGUCCGCUACGAAGGUGUCAUCUAUAUCAAGAAGGAGAUUUUCGGGCAAGCUGUCGAGAAAUUCCGAUCCGAGAUGAAGGCUUUAUAUCAGUUGAGAGACUCCAAGCAUUGGGUGCAAAUCAAAAGUCUUGUUCUUGAUCAACGUGGCUCAGUCAAGGCUUUGCUCCUGGAGUAUGCUGGAAGAGGAACACUGGGCACCCUCCUCCACAAAAAUGGCGGAACAAUACCUUGGGCCUCCAGGUGCAUGUGGGCACAGCACAUUGUCCACGGCAUUCAAGAGGCUCACGCGCGAGGCCUCGUUCACGGGACGCUGAACCUUUCCCAUGUUGUUAUCGACAGCUCCAACCACGCUCGGAUCAUCGCUCUCAACAACGACCUUUCUUUGUCGGAUCUCACGAGGAAGCAAGACAUAUUGGACUUGGGGCAAAUUUUGUCGGCCUUGGUGGAACCUUGCCCUACACACGUCCCUCAUUGGUAUCGGGAAAUUAUCAGAAAAUGUUCUUCUCCGAGCCCGCAACUAUCUGCGACGGACUUAGCCGCAGCCUUUCCCGAGAAUUUAUCUCACACUUUUCGACUGCUCACCAUCGAAGUUCUCGACACAGAAACCUCUCCGGAACAGAGAGCACACCAGAGCUCGCCAAUCGAGCCCCCGCUCUUGCAACUUCCACUCAAGUACGAUGAGCUAGAGGAGCUCAACCACCGAGGCUUCUUGGGCCAGGUGUACCGCGCGCGGCAUGUUCCCACCGGAGAAGUGAGGUCUCUUCAAAGUUUCAAAGCCGGAACCCUCCCGGAGCAGACAAGGAUUGCAAUCAAUGAGCUUGUCGAACAUCGUCACUCGUCCUUUGUCCAAAUCUUUGAAUGUUUCAGGAAGGACGACAAAUUCUGGGUGGCCAUGGAGAAUCUUGAAGGGUGCAAUUUGUUCAGCCUCAUCAAUCAUGAGAUUGGGUUGCACGAGCUUCACAUUGCUCGGGUGUCUCGAGAUGUCCUUCGUGCCCUGCAUGCUUUGCAUCGUCAAGGUAUUGUGCACCGGGAUGUUAGAUCUGACAACAUCUUGCUUGAUCCGUCCGGCCGUGUCUGUCUGUCUGGGAUUGAUCUCUGCAUCAAGGCCGGAGCAUUACGUCCGAUCUCAGCGCCAGACGCGGGUUGGAUGGCUCCAGAAAUGAUAGAUGGCAGACCUUACGACUACAAGGUCGACAUUUGGUGUGUCGGUAUCACUAUUCUUGAGAUCGUCGAAGGCAAGGAAUUGCUGGACAAGCUUCACAAGGCAAAAGCAACAGCAUCGAGUACUCUGUCAGACCUUCUGGGCAAGCUAAAGCUGCCGUUGUCAGAGUCCCUUAAUUCUCUACUCGAAAUCUGCCUAGAUCCAUAUCCGGGACGACGCCCUAGUGCAGAGGAAUUGUUGCAGUUUGCAUUGCACGAUUUCUGUGCUGCUGAUAGAGACAUGGCAAGUCUUGUCUCCGAAUGGAGAUCAAAGGUGGUGGAAAGUUGAGCAACAAUCAAUCGACGCAACAGAUCGUUUCCCCUGGUUGGGACCAUUUCUGUCUUGUCUGUGGUUUUAACAGCCCAACUUCUGUCAGACUUGAAUACCAACUCCACCUGUGAGGGUUGUUCCGCUUCAGCUGCUGCAAUUUUGUCGCACGGGUUGUGGCUGUUGCAGCAUGACUUUGGCUGUGUCUUCAUUGUAAUGCAUAACUCCAAAUUGCUCAACCUCAAACAUCCAGGCCCUGGUAGCUAUGCUUCGUAAGAAUGAACUUAUGAUGUGUUUUUGGCG